GAAUAAAUACUUUUGCUCAACAUAUUAUUCUGGAAGCACAAACAGCUGCUGAGCACUGCACUUUCCCUCUACAGCAUAACAAUAGCAGCUCUGAAUUGUCCUCGAUGAGCAGCCAAUGAGCUUGAAGCAGCAGCAGUGGCUCAGAGUCUAGCAGCACCUGGUCCCUGCCAGUUUCCAGCUGGACUCCCGUGGCUGCUGGAGAAUUUUCUAAUCCAUCACCAUUGUACCAAUUGUCUAUAAAAAUUAAUGUGCGUGUGAAGCGUUGCUUUCACAUGAGAGCAACAAAUCAAAGUUUAUGAAAGAGUGCAAACAAAAGAAUGAAUGACUCUGAAGAUUUUAAGGAGGGGGUUCCUAGCAGGAGCAAAGACCAAAUAGAUGGCACAGGAAUGAGUCUGAACAACAAAAAAGGAGUAAGGGUGACAGGGAAAUAUGCUCCUCCUGUGGACUGGGGCAGUAGAGCAGGAGGUCCAUGCAUCAUCCACUCCCCACCCAACACCGCUUUACCUCCAGACACCCCAACCGUGAUCUCCAUCGGCCACCUUCCUCACAAGCCAACAGAGAGGGUGGAUGAUCUAAGGAUGGAUGUACCUACAGUUACAGAGGAUUGGACCACAGAGACGGCAUCUAAAAACAGGGUGUCUUACGGCGAGACUGGCCGAGUCCCUCGUCAGACCAUGGAGGAGCUGAAGACCAUCCUGAGGGAGAGUCCUCUGCUCAGCAUCCGAGGUAGAGAAAAUGGGAAGCCUGGCAGUCCAUACACGUACCUCCAUGGAAACAGCAGCAGCAGUGGAGUCGGAGGUGGAAGACCCAAUGGACGCAAGGAUGAUGGAAACCCCAACAGGGCGUUUAGCACCUUCAAACCCAACUAUGAAGCUUCCGGAAAAGGGGGGCAAAGGUCCAGUGAUAGCACAUCUAUUCUGCAACCUCCCAACAUGGAUUCAUCCAGCUCGUUCAGGUUUGAGGCCAACACAAAUAGACAGCCACGAGAUACAACAAACACAUAUGCAGCUGGCAGCUCCUGGGGAGAGAGUGGAGCUUCUCACAAAGAUAACGAAACCGAGACUGUUGAGAUCUUUGGGAAUCAGAGUUUCAUUUCAGCCAUGGAGCAGAUCAAGCAGCAGAUUGCAAGAGAAAAUAUCAACUUCGUCAGGUUCGAGGCCACCGACCUCCACGGGGUGUCCAGGUCCAAGACAGUACCUGUCCGCUUCUUCCAUGAGAAAGCGGUUUAUGGGAUACCAAUGCCAAGAAGUUACUUGGAGCUGACCCUGAGCCCUAAGAGCAAUGAAGUGGACCAUGCAAACACUGCAAACUUCAGCAGUGAUGUCCUCCUGAUCCCUGAUCUAACAACCUUCAGGGUCUUACCCUGGGCAGAGCAAACAGCUCGAGUCAUCUGCGACCCCUGCACAGUGACAGGAAGCCCUCUUCGCACUUCCCCUCGCCUCAUUGCUAAGCAACUCCUUGGUCAGCUACAAAGCAUGGGAUUCUCACUGCACUCAUCCUUUACAUAUGAAUGCUGCGUCCUUGGGGCGCCGGAUCGGAUUGGACCAAAGACUCUCAUGUUCCCAGCCACCACCCUUCUUAGCAACCAUGACUUGCCGUUCUUCCAGCAGCUGGUGGACAGCAUGUACUGCAUGGGAGCAGACAUAGACAGCAUUGCCUCUGCAAGUGGUCCAGGCCAGAUGGAGAUCAACCUUAGGCCAGAGUUUGGGAUUGCGGCUGCAGAUAGCGCCUUCACCUUCCGCACUGGCAUCAAAGAAAUGGCUCGUAAACACAGUUACAUUGCUAGCUUCUUUACUGAUGAUGGCCUGUACAAUGCCGGCGUAAUGUCUCACAGCUUGUGGGAUGCCAACGGGCGACGCAGCCUCUUCCAGAGUGGAGAAAAAGCGGGCGAGCUGUCUGAGAUUGGCAGAAAAUGGCUGGCUGGGCUCCUCACCCACUCUGCUGCCCUGAGCUGCCUGAUGUCACCUGGCCUGGGUUGCCGGAGCCACAUUGCCAAGGCCAUGAAAGACCCCAAACGCGUGCUGUGUGCAACAUGCGGAUGCAAUGAUAACAGCAGCUCCUUCAACAUCAAGUGUCACGGCGGAAGGGAGACGCACAUUGACAACAAGCUGGGCUCAGCCAUGGCCAACCCUUACAUUGUGCUGGCUGCUACUGUCGCCGCCGGACUGGAUGGAAUCAGACGAAACUUGUACGUGGACAGCAGUCCAAACAAAGCCCCCAGUCAGCAGAGGGAGUUCGCCAUUCCCGUAAAGCUCGAGGAUGCUCUAGAGGCAUUGGGGGACGAUCAUGUUAUCCGCAGCGCACUUGGAGAGCCGUUUGUUCAGUAUUUUAUUGCCAUGAAAAAGUUUGAGAUUGAGACACAAGAACUAGAUGAUGAGAGGAACAAGUGCCUCGAGUAUUUCAUUUAGAAGUUAUCUCUUUUUGCAUCACGAGAAACACACCUCCUCCUGCCCAACACAUUAAAUCAUGAUAAGAGACAGCUUCAUAAAAAACGUUUUAUUUUAUACAUCAUGUUGAUCUUAUUAUUAUUAUACAAAUUGUAGAUAUUUUCAAUUAUUUCAAAUAAAGAAAUUAGUACACCCUGAA